GCUCCUCCCGCCGCCCCCCCCGCUCCCGCAGCUCCGCAGUCCGGCGCAGCCCCGGCCGGAGAAAAUGGCGGAUCGCGCCGAGAUGUUCUCGCUCUCCACCUUCCACUCGCUGUCCCCGCCCGGCUGCCGGCCCCCCCAGGACAUCAGCCUGGAGGAGUUCGAUGACGAGGACCUGUCGGAGAUCACGGACGACUGCGGCAUCGGCCUCAACUACGACUCGGACCACUACGAGAAGGACUGCCUGGUGCUGGAGCGCGGGGAGCAGCCGCACCCCGUGUGCACCUUCCAGGACGACUUCCAGGAGUUCGAGAUGAUCGACGACAACGACGACGACGACGACGAGGAAGAGGAGGAGGAGGAAGGCAACGAGCUGGAGGCGCCGCCGUCCCCUUCGGCCUCGCCCAUCCCCUCGCCCGCCCUGGAGGAGACGCAGAAGCACCGCCCCACCACGCUCAACCUGACGGCCCCGGGCACGCAGGAUUCCCUGAACAACAACGGCGGCUUCGCCCCGCCCGCGCCGCGCCCCAGCUGGCAGGACGCGCUGCUGCACUCCUCCUCCUCCUCCUCUUCCUCACACACCGGACACUCGUCCCCCCACGCCUGCAUCCUGGACGGACCCUGCCUGGAGAGCCCGCCGGGCCCCGGGGGGGCUCCCCCCUCGCUGCCGCCCUCCCCCCUGGACUCGCAAGGCAACAGCCCCGAGUCCCUGGCACAUGGUAACCCAUCGCCCCCGAGAGCCGCGCCCGAUUUUAACAUGAACCUCAUCUCCGCUGCGCUCCGAGCUCCGCUCUCCCCGCCGCGCCCCCGCCAGCCGCCCCCGCCUCACCCCUGUCUCUCUCCAACAGGGCCCGCGGCUCCCCCCGGCGCCCCCGAGGCCGCCCCCCCGCCCCCUGGCAGGACGCGCUGCUGCACUCCUCCUCCUCCUCCUCUUCCUCACACACCGGACACUCGUCCCCCCACGCCUGCAUCCUGGACGGACCCUGCCUGGAGAGCCCGCCGGGCCCCGGGGGGGCUCCCCCCUCGCUGCCGCCCUCCCCCCUGGACUCGCAAGGCAACAGCCCCGAGUCCCUGGCACAUGGGCCCGCGGCUCCCCCCGGCGCCCCCGAGGCCGCCCCCCCGGGGCGCCCGCUCCGGCCGGGCCGCCAGCGUGCGCGGCCACCCCUCGGGCUCCUCGGAGACCACCUCGCCCUCCUCGGACCCGGGCAUCGAGGCCGACCUCACGAGCCGCACGGCCAAGCCCUUCCUGCCCGGCGGGCGGCGCGGGGACGAGCUGAGCUCGCCCGGCUCUGACUCGGACGUGGACGGGGAGCUCGAGGCGGCUUUCGCCGGCGGGCGCCUGGUCAGCAACAUGAUCUCGUCCAUCUCGGAGACCGAGCUGGACCUCAGCAGCGACAGCAGCAGCGGCCGCUCGUCCCACCUGACCAACUCCAUCGAGGAGGCCAGCUCGCCCGGCUCCGAGGGCGAGCUGGAGCCCGAGCUGGAGGCGCCCGGCCUGCUGGGCAUCAAGGACUCGCUGCUGCUGGACAAGGGCAAGGAGGACGAGGAGGAGCCGGCCGAGAGGGGCCCGCAGGAGCGUGGCGUGGUCAGGAGGGAGAGCCUGGCCGAGCUGAAGAUGGACGCCUACUACGACAGCCUGGACCCGGCCGACGGCCCCGCGCCCGAGGGCCAGACCGACGUGUCCAGCGCCAGCCCCCUGGACCUGAAGAUCGACCCCGACCACAGCCUGGAGAGCAUCCGCCGCUCCUUCUACCUGCCCGUGGGGCCCAAGCUGAUGCCCGAGGCGGACGAAGAGGACAACAGCGAGUACGACUCCGACUCGGAGUCGGAGCCCGACCUGAGCGAGGACUCGGACUCGCCGUGGCUGCUCAGCAACCUGGUGAACAAGAUGAUCUCGGAGGGCUCGUACCCCAUCAAGUGCCCGGACGAGUGCUUCCAGAACAGCCACUCGCUGUGCGACACCAUCUCGCCCGCCUCCGACCUGGAGCCCGAGAUCCUGAGCGAGGCGCUGGACGAGGAGCCGGGCCCGCGGGACUCGCCGGCGGACGCGGCGGUGCCGGCGCGGUGCCCGCGCGGCGCCAUCGAGCUGGUGGACAUGGAGACGCUGCGCAGCUCCCUGGCCGAGGCGGAGCACGCGGCCGCCGAGCCGCCGCCGGAGCCGCCGGCCGAGGAGCCGGGGCCCUUCCUGCUCCUCAGCAACCCCACCAACGACACCAUCGCGCCCGUGUGCCCCGGCCGCCCCGUCGCCCUCGGCCGCCUGGACGCCUCCGAGGUCCUGGCCCCCCUGGGCUGCCGCCCGGCGUCAGUGCCACGGGCGUCCCCCGGCCCCGAGCCCGCCGUCCCCGGCGGGGAUCGCCGCCCCGCCAGCCCCCGGCGCUGGGCCCUCGACGGGGAGCUGGACUCGGGCGUGCUGGAGGCCGACUCCAUGAUCGACGACGUCCGGUUAGCGCCCGACGCCGACCCCGCCGCGCUGGACGUGUCCACGGCCAAGACCAACCGCGGCUUCGCCAUGGCCUUGGAGGAGGCCGAGCCGCCCCUGGUGGCCCCGCGCCGGGGCAGCCCGGCCGGGGAGGCGCCGGUGCCGCCGGAGCCGCCGGCGCUGGACGAGUCGCUGGCCUACGACUCGGUGAAGUACACGCUGGUGGUGGACGAGCACACGCAGCUGGAGCUGGUCAGCCUGCGGCGCUGCACGUCCGUGCUCAGCGACGACAGCGACAUCCUGAGGGCCUGCGACGACGAGGUGGCCUUCGGGGACGGGCUGGUGGCCCCCGACGCGCGCAGCUCCUCUGAGGACUCGUCCCCCGAGGCCGACCUGCAGUUCUCCAAGAAGUUCCUCAACGUCUUCGUCAACAGCACCUCGCGCUCCUCCAGCACAGAGUCCUUCGGGCUGUUCUCCUGCAUGGUGAACGGCGAGGAGCGGGAGCAGACCCACCGCGCCGUCUUCAGGUUCAUCCCGCGCCACGAGGACGAGCUGGAGCUGGACGUGGACGAUCCCAUCCUGGUGGAGCUGGAGGAGGACGAUUACUGGUACCGCGGUUACAACAUGCGCACGGGCGAGCGCGGCAUCUUCCCCGCCUUCUACGCCCACGAGGUGGUGGGACAGGCCCGCGACGCCGCGGGCCUGAAGCGGAACCCGUGCUGGGUGGAGCGCUUCAACGUGCAGUUCCUGGGCUCCGUGGAGGUGCCGUACCACCAGGGCAACGGCAUCCUCUGCGCCGCCAUGCAGAAGGUGAGCGCCGCGGGGACAGUGCCACCGGGGGGGACA